UACUUCUUAGCGGCAGUAGUCCUAUCGCCACACCAUGUCAAGACCGGAGUUCUUUCAGAAGCUUAGGAAACCACUGAGGCAAGAAGAAAAACUCAAAGAUAUUCCCCGAACAAACCUCGAACAUUUUUGUACACUCGACAUACGGAAUCCCGCACAUUCGGCUAGAAAAACUGGAAUCAUUUGUACUAUAGGUCCAUCUUGUCGUUCCGUCGAUAUGCUCAAACAAAUGAUUACCUGCGGCAUGGACAUCGCUCGUCUCAAUUUCUCACAUGGCAGCCACGAAUACCACAGUGGAACGAUUGCUAACGUACGCAAGGCAGUAGAAUCUUUUUCGGACAAUAGACAAAUAGGGAUUGCUCUUGAUACCAAAGGCCCAGAAAUUCGAACUGGUUUACUGAUUGGAGGAGCAACUGCUGAGGUCGAACUCGCAAAAGGCAAGACUGUCACUCUUUCAACCGAUUCAAAAUAUAAAGAAGCGUGCACAGCAGAGACAGUUUACGUGGACUACAAAAAUAUUGUAAAGGUAGUGAACAAAGGUUCUCACGUUUACGUUGAUGAUGGGCUCAUUUCACUCGUAGUCGAAGAAGUAAAAGAUAAUGCACUCAAAUGCACAAUAGAAAAUGGUGGCAUGUUAGGUAGUCGCAAAGGCGUCAACCUCCCAGGAGCUAUUGUUGAUCUUCCCGCUGUGUCAGAAAAGGAUAUUCAGGAUCUCAAAUUUGGCAUUGAGCAAGGUGUAGAUAUGAUUUUCGCUUCCUUCAUCAGGAAUGCUGAUGGUAUACGGGCGAUGCGAAAGGUGCUUGGCGAAAAGGGCAAAAAUAUCAAAAUUAUUGCUAAAUUGGAAAACCAAGAAGGUAUGGAGAAGUCGGACGAAAUCAUUGCUGAAGCUGACGGUAUUAUGGUAGCGAGAGGUGAUCUUGGUAUUGAAAUUCCCACCGAAAAGGUCUUCGUGGCUCAAAAGAUGUUGAUAGCGAAGUGUAAUCGAGCAGGUAAGCCGAUCGUUUGUGCCACUCAAAUGCUCGAAUCUAUGACAAAGAAGCCUCGGCCUACACGAGCUGAAGCAAGCGAUGUAGCAAAUGCUGUUCUUGACGGUGCUGAUUGUGUCAUGUUAUCUGGAGAAACUGCAAAGGGCGAUUAUCCGUUAGAAGCAGUGAAAACCAUGGCUUUCAUUUGCAAGGAUGCAGAAGCAGUUUUCCCUUAUCGUGAACGUUUUCACGAAACUGUUAUCAACACACUUCGUCCAACUGACAUGACAAUGACAAUCGCCAUUGCUGCGGCCAUUGCUGCAGAUAACUGUCAUGCAGCCGCCAUCAUACUUAUAACUUCAUCUGGACGCACUGCAGCCGCUUGCUCGAAGUAUAGAAGCGCCAUUCCAAUUAUAGCAGUGUGCUCACAUCCCGAAGUUUGUCGUCAGCUGAAUCUUUGCAGAGCUGUCUUUCCUGUUCAUUAUAACAAACCAUGUGGCGAUUUUGCUGCUGAAACAGACAACAAAGUGAAUGUCGUAGAUUAUCCAAAUAAUCUACAACCUUUAGCAUUGUAG